CUUCUUCUCUCAAAUCCAAAAAUCUUUUAAUUGCAAAAUUCUUCAGUUUCCGUUUCUCUUGAAAUUUUUUUGACUUCAAAAACCCUAAAAGGCUUUCUGAUUGUUCGUUUCUGUAACUCGAAUGUUGAUCUUUCGACGGUGAGUGAUCGCGCACGCACAAUGACGAGGAAAUCGCAGCCGCAGAUUCAGCCUCCAUUGUCACGUCGCGGCGGCGUAGUGUGGCUAGGAUGGAAGCUCGUAAUCGCUUUCUCCGUCGCGCUUUGCCUUCUUGCUCUCCUCCGAAUCCAACUGCAGUACAAUUCCGACACGACAUUGCCGUCGCCGCUCUCCGUCGCGAGAUCUCAGACACCGCUUCACAAAUACUCCGGUGAUCGUCCCAAGCUCGCUUUCCUUUUCUUAGCUCGCCGUGACCUCCCACUUGAUUUUAUGUGGGAUAGAUUCUUCAAGGGUGUUGAUCAUGCGAAUUUCUCAAUUUAUAUACAUUCAUUACCUGGUUUCGUGUUCAAUGAAGAAACUACACGAUCACAGUAUUUCUACAAUCGCCAAUUGAACAAUAGCAUUAAGGUAGUAUGGGGAGAAUCAAGCAUGAUUGCAGCAGAAAGAUUGUUGCUUGCAUCUGCUUUAGAGGAUCACUCCAAUCAAAGAUUUGUUCUUCUCUCUGACAGAUGUGCUCCGUUAUAUGACUUUGGCUAUAUAUACAGAUAUCUUAUCUCUUCACCAAGGAGUUUUGUGGAUAGUUUUCUUCAUACUAAAGAGACACGGUACAGUGUGAAAAUGUCUCCUGUCAUACCUGAAGAGAAAUGGCGGAAAGGAUCCCAGUGGAUAGAUUUGAUCAGAAGUCAUGCAGAGGUCAUUGUAAAUGAUGGUAUCGUAUUCCCAGUUUUUAAGGAAUUCUGCAAGAGAUGUCCACCUUUAGGUACCAAUGAGGCAUGGUUGUUUCUUAAACAGAAACGGCGCAACUGCAUCCCCGAUGAACACUAUGUGCAAACAUUGCUUACGAUGCAAGGGCUAGAGAGUGAAAUGGAACGAAGAACAGUGACAUACACUGCAUGGAACGUUUCAGGUACAAAAUAUGAAGCCAAAUCUUGGCAUCCCGUCACUUUCACAUUGGAAAACUCCGGUCCUGAGGAAAUAAAAGAAAUAAAGAAAAUAGACCAUGUCUAUUACGAGUCUGAAUCUCGAACGGAAUGGUGUAAGGCGGAUUCAAAACCCGUCCCAUGCUUUCUCUUUGCAAGGAAGUUCACAAAUGAAGCUGCUAUGCGCAUUGUGAGUGAAGGACUAAUAGGAUCAUCAACAAACACAACCUUAUAACUAUGCAACAUUGUAAGCAAGUUUUUAGGGUACAAACUGAGAAAGGUAACCUAUCGUGUAGGUCAAGCAACAGAGGGUAUACAUAGAGUAGAGAAUAGCAUUGAUACAUUACAGACAUCCCUUAUGAGGGUUAUGAAUUAUAACUUAUAUGUGACUCUUAGUAAACACUAAGAUAAUUCUUCAUGAAUUUUCUUACUUUGGAAUCUUGUUUUUCGUAUUAAAAUUU